UGCCCAUGGCCUGGGCCGAGGGCACGGCGAGUGGCUGGGUGGGGGGCUGGGCGCUCGUCCCCCUGGGGGGCUGCCUGCUGCUCUGCGGGCUCUGCCGGAGAAAGCUUCCUGUUUUCCCCCCAUGGGGCCCACAACCCAGGGACUCGCCUCCGGAGCUGGGGCCACGCUACAUCUCCGAUCCCACCGCUGGCACCAGUGUCGCCGCAAGCCCACGGCCUCCUGUGGGCCCCAGGAGCACGGACAACGAGGACGAGGAUGAUUUCCAGUAUCCUCCUGCCCCGUGGACAGAGUCGCGGCAGACCCCGGUCUUUGAGUCCCUGAAGCAGGCCCGGGAAUCUGGCACCGACGUGGACAGUCACGGGAGCUACGUGAACAUCAACUCCGAGGAGGACUAUGUGAAUCUGCAGGGUGCCAAUGGGGGAAGCUCCGUGGAGAAGGACAAGGAGUAUCUGGAGGUGCUUCCACUGGGGGCCGAGAGAGCCGGGCCCCACAGGCAGCAGGGCCCCAGUCCCGACGAGGGUGAGAAUGUCUCCUACGCGAACGUGGACGACAAGGAGCCGAAACCCCCCUCGCUGGACGAGCAGAAACCCGACUACGACUAUGUCAACGUGCCGUAGCCGCGUGGGGCCAGGGACCAGCUGCCUCUGUCUCUGCCCCCCAGCGGGUCCCUUCGUGGGGCCCUGGCUGUGGGUGGGGGCUCUCAGAGAGCCCGAGAUAAGGAGACAUGGCCCCCACCACCCUGCUAGCCUGGCGCUGGGCUCCCCAGUGGGGCCGAAUACGCUGCCCCACAGCACAGGGCUGGGCACCCCAGCGGGGCCGAGUACCCUGCCCCACAGCACGGGGCUGGGCUCCCCAGCGGGGCCGAGUACCCUGCCCCACAGCACGGGGCUGGGCUCCCCAGCGGGGCCGAGUACCCUGCCCCACAGCACGGGGCUGGGCUCUCCAGCGGGGCCGAGUACACUGCCCCACAGCACAGGGCUGGGUUCCCCAGUCGGGCCGAGUACCCUGCCCCACAGCACGGGGCUGGGCACCCCAGCGGGGCCGAGUACCCUGCCCCACAGCACGGGGCUGGGCUCCCCCGCGGGGCCGAAUACGCUGCCCCACAGCACGGGGCUGGGCACCCCAGCGGGGCCGAGUACCCUGCCCCACAGCACAGGGCUGGGUUCCCCAGUCGGGCCGAGUACCCUGCCCCACAGCACGGGGCUGGGCUCCCCCGCGGGGCCGAGUACCCUGCCCCACAGCACGGGGCUGGGUUCCCCAGUGGGGCUGAGUACCCUGCCCCACAGCACGGGGCUGGGCUCUCCAGCAGGGCCGAGUACCCUGCCCCACAGCACAGGGCUGGGUUCCCCAGUCGGGCCGAGUACCCUGCCCCACAGCACAGGGCUGGGCUCCCCCAUGGGGCUGAAUACGCUGCCCCACAGCACGGGGCUGGGUUCCCCAGUGGGGCCGAAUACGCUGCCCCACAGCACGGGGCUGGGCACCCCAGCGGGGCCGAGUACCCUGCCCCACAGCACGGGGCUGGGCUCCCCCGUGGGGCUGAAUACGCUGCCCCACAGCACGGGGCUGGGCACCCCAGCGGGGCCGAGUACCCUGCCCCACAGCACGGGGCUGGGUUCCCCAGUCGGGCCGAGUACCCUGCCCCACAGCACGGGGCUGGGCACCCCAGCAGGGCCGAGUACCCCGCCCCACAGCACAGGGCUGGGCUCCCCCGUGGGGCUGAAUACGCUGCCCCACGGCACGGGGCUGGGCUCUCUACUCUGAGCACCAGGUCUGGCGUGGCCGGUGCGGCCCGGUCCGGAAGGGGAGCCGCAGCGGGGAUCUGCCCAGCCCUGUGCGGGAGGGGACGGUGCUAUGGGGUGGGGGCAGGCACAGACUGUCGUCUUCCACACACCUCCCCCAGGCCUCACUCGCCCGCAGCCCCCCCCAUUGUCAAUAUUUGUGUGUGAACCUUCCUGGUGAACCCACCCGGGCCCCUGGCUCUGUCCACACUGGGAUCGUGGUGUGUGCAUAAACCGUCCCAAUAAAUCGGGGGAUUUGCCCCAUAACCUCCCCGUGCCCCCCGUGGUGUCUGUGCUCAGCGACGACGUCACCGCCCCCAACCUGCUGGCUGCUCUGGCCCCCGGCUGGGGGGUGGGACGCUGAAUGUCUCCCCCUGAGCCGGCUCCCUGCCCCUUUGUAUGGC